GUUGCAACCACUAUGUCUGUGGAUGUGGGGAAUCGAACCACCUUGAAUGAGUUCAUCUUAGUUGGCUUCUCUGCUGACCCCCAAAUGCAAGUGGUCUUCUUUGUAGUUUUUUUGUCCCUUUAUUUGGUAACGUUGGCUGGAAAUAUGACUCUUGUUGUCUUAAUUAAAAAUGACUCCCGUUUGCAUACUCCCAUGUAUUUUUUCAUUGGGAAUCUGUCAUUCUUAGACUUCUGGUAUACAUCUGUGUAUAUUCCCAAAAUUCUGGCUACCUGUAUAUCAGAAGAUAAGCGGAUAUCCUUAGCAGGCUGUGGUGCUCAAUUUUUCUUUUCUGCUGUUGUGGCCUAUACUGAGUGUUAUCUUCUUGCUGCUAUGUCCUAUGACCGUUAUGUAGCAAUCUGUAACCCCCUUCUUUAUUCAGCUGCCAUGUCCAAGUCUCUCUGCGUUGGGUUGGUUGCUGGGUCCUAUAUAGGUGGCUUCAUGAAUGCCAUCGCCCACACUGCUAACACAUUUCGCCUGAAAUUUUGUGGGAAAAAC